GUUGAUUGUUAGAGCAAGUAGGCUGCUGAGGAGAGAGGACUUCAGAAGCAGUGCACUCUACAAGAAAAUAUGCUGUCUGGUUGAAAUCUAUUGGAUUUUCAGAUGUUAACGUUAGGAUACACGUUUAGCGAACUUUAUGAACACAUUCGCGGUUGUUCCUUGUAGUUCUUGGAAGUGUGAGUACUAGGUACGAACUCGCUAGACUUGAGAUGAGUUAGCGGUAUACUGGCCGUUAGCUAGUUUAAGAAGUAAAGAUUAUUUCAUAGAAAGGGUUGGCAAUAUCGAGGAAAAUCCUCGUCCAGACAUUGGCAAGAAAAUUCCACUUAACGACCUAUCGGGAGGAUGCGGCUAGGGCUGGGGCGCUAUCGGGUGGGGCCCAUGUGGCUCUGGAAGGCCCUGCUGGUGUUCGUGGCCAUCGCCUUCGCAGGACAGUUACUGGGGGUCAUCUUCAACAAAAGCCUCCAGCAGGACAGGUCGCGGUCGCUGUUCUCAUCCGACGGCCAGGGCCCGUCUCUGGGCUCCUGUCGGCCCCACAGCCACGUCAUGUUCCUGAAGACCCACAAGACAGCCAGCAGCACUGUUCUCAACAUGCUUUACCGAUACGGAGAGGAGAGGGAUCUGUGCUUCGCCCUGCCUCUGGGGUACCAGUUUGGCUACCCUCUCCCCUUCAACGCACACAGGGUCAAAGGUUAUAGAGGGCCCCACGUGGCCGAGUUCAGCAUUAUGGGAAACCACAUGCGCUUCAACAAACCAGAGGUAGAGAAGGUGAUGCCAGUGGACACCUUCUACUUCUCUAUCAUGCGUGACCCCGUAGCGCUGGCCGAGUCGUCCUAUGCCUAUUACAAAGCUGUCGCCCCCGCCUUCAAGAAGGCCAAAGGCCUGGGAGACUUCGCCGACAACCCCAGGAAGUACUACGACCCCCGUCUCCGUAACAACCACUACGCCCGCAACCUGCUCUGGUUCGACUUCGGCCUGGACCACAACGCCAACUUCUCGACCACACUGGCCCGACGAGGCGAGGCGGCCGUCCGACGCGCCUUCAAACUCAUCCUGGUCUCUGAGCACUUUGACCAAUCCAUGGUCCUGCUGCGCCACGCCCUCUGCUGGCCGCUGGACGCCAUCGUCUCCUUCAGUCUCAACGCCCGCCAGCAGAAGCCCAGCGGAGGCAGCUCCUGGGUGGGUAAAGCUGCAGUUGCGCAGCCCCCCGCCCUGGCUCUAACAGACGACCAACGUCUAAAGCUCCGCGAGUGGAACGCCCUGGACUGGCACCUCUACCAGGCCUUCAACCGCUCCUUCUGGAACGAGGUGGAUCGCUUCGGGAGAACCAGGAUGGACCAGGAGGUCGCUCUUCUCCGUACCCGCCGGGAUGUGCUGGCCCGGGCCUGCCUGAGGGAUGGCGGGAGACCUGUGGAGGCCAGCCGCAUCCGCGACAAGACCAUCAGGCCCUUCCAGAGCGGCUUGGUGAAGAUCCUGGGAUAUGAGCUCCAGCCUGGGCUGGACAACGCUACUCAUCAGUCCUGUCUGAGGAUGAUCAGGCCAGAGAUCCAGUAUAAGGACCUGCUGGAUGCCAGGCAGUUCCCCAGGGCUGCUCCCCAGGCUGCCCAAGCCCAGGCCCCGGCUAUCCCUGCUGGGGGAGCCUACGUGAGGAAAGACCCUUCUUCCCAACUCAGGACACGAGAGCUGGGGGUGGGGGAAGGAGGAGGAGUAGGAGGGGGGACGGGGGAGGACAGGAGUCGGCUAUCUCGUAGUAAUAAUAAUAAUAAUAACCAGACAUUGCUACGAGGAGGAGGAGGGAAAGGGAAGAUAAAAUAGUUUUCCAUCCUGAAUUCACUGCCUUGAGAGAAUGAAUAAGACUAACGCUGACUGAGCCUGUGUACUCUUACUCAAGCACUCGUUGAGUAUUUCUAUUACUAAAGUACUCAAGAGACUUGUUGGAAAUACCCAUUCCCAUUCUCCCUCCAACCCACCUCUACUUUACUGUACAUUCUCUUUCUUCUGGCUGAACUUAGGACUGGUUAUGACUCUAUUUCGUGUUCAUACUGACUUUAUGGUUGCUGUGGAUGUGUUUUAAUGGGACUUGAAAUGGAAUUGCAUUGCAUUCAGUGGGCCAGAUGUCGUUCAAAGAUUCUGCUUCUCUGAUCGAGAAAGAAAGUCACAUUUGGUGGUCCAACUGCUACGUUCAACAUAGUCUCCUGCACGAUCAAGAACUCAGCCAGUCAGUUUUAGUUUUUUGAAAAAUAACUAGGCUAUUACCUUUCUUGAACGCUAACACAGACGGCAUAUAUGAUAUGACAGCAGCCAGGCAGCGAGCCAUAGCCACAUACUGGGAGAGGAAUGAUUCCCACCUGAUGUAAGUUGCAUGUUCUGACUGAGAAUAGGAAUAGGAAUGGAAUUCAUAAUUUUGAACGCAGUGUGUCCGGUGUAGAAAACGUAGUCCACAUGAAGCAGUGGAUGCGGAUGAGGGGAGGACGGCUCAUAAUGGCUGGAAUGCAACGAAAGCAUCAGUAUCAAACACACAAUACUGUUCUAUUCAUUCCAUUCCAGCUAUUACAAUGAGCCUGUCCUCCAAUUUAAAGCGACACCGGCCUCCACUGAUACGAAGCCAGCACUGGAGAGCAGUGAGUCUCGGAAUAGGCUUAACUGUGAUGUCUGCAAGAUGGGAGUUAGGAGCGAAAACUUUGAUAAGGACCGAAGUGUACAGCAUUAAUGUACUGUAUCUGAACUGAAGCACUGUGGUUGAAUGGAUAGCUAGCAUGUCUGACUUUGAAUAGAUAUAGUAAUAUUGGAUACACAGUAAUUCCCUGACUCAAUGCGGGUGUUAAAUGCGAGCCACACAGCAAAUGGGCCAGUGUUACCUCGUGUUGAUUUUUCAGUGUAACAUUUCUAGUGUUGAUUCAGGUGUUAAAUUAACACUAUUUGGUGUAAAUGAACCCCAGUGUUGGUGUUAAUAACCAGUGUUAAACUAAAACGACGUCCAUCAUUGUCAUAUUUCUGAUAUCUUAGUCUUCCCAACCCAGCAGUCAUUCUCAAUGCAGGUUGCAGGUGAAUAAGAAUUUAAAAUGUUGCCUAUACCAGUCUGUCUGGAUUCCAAUAGAAAUUACUCAUCACUUUGCAAGCCAUCAUCAUAAUGUGACUUGCAAGCCUGAAAACCAUGA